CCUUGGUGUAAUUUACUAAAAAAUAAAUUCCCAUUUCUUUACUUGCCUUGGCUUCCCAUGCUCUUUUGCAGAAAACACGGAAGUCCAAGUUUUGAUUCUCUGUUCUGUCAACAACCAUUCCUAAAGCUCUUUGUACUGCUAAAUCCUCAAGUUUUAUUCACCAAAAAAAAAAAAAAGAAUUCCUCAAAAUUUUCCUGUAGGUUCUCUGCUCUUAUGGCAUCAUUACUCAAAGUGAGGAUAGGAAGAAGCUGUAGCCGACCGAUCUUUUGAUAUCUAAGACAAGGACGGAGUGAGCCUUCUGCCCUGUUGUUUUAUUGUUUGUUUUCCUUCAUAUCAUCAAUUUCCUAUAAAUUCAAAAAAAAAAAAAAAAAAAACUAUGGAGGCUUGUAUUUCCUUUGUUGUAUCCAUUCUUAGCUCUGUUGCUGGGAAAGCGGCGCAGUACGCAGUUGAUCCCAUUGCACGUCAAGUUAGUUACUUGUUCAAGCAUGAGAGCAAGAUUCAAAACCUCAGGGAUCAACUUCAAAAACUGAAGGAUGCAAGAGAAAGAGUGCAAGAGGAUGUUAAUGCGGCUAAGAGACAGGGAGAGGAGAUAUUUAGCUAUGUGGAUGAGUGGUUGACUAAGGUCGAUGGGAAGAUCUGUGACGAGGCUGUUGCGCAAUUGGAUGAGGACGAAGAGAAUGCAAAGCCGAGCUGUUUCGUUUGGUUGUGUCCUAAUUUUAGUUCUCGUUACCAACUCAGUAGAAAAGCUGAGAAAGAGGCCAAUAUCAUUGCUGAACUCUUGAAAGAUAAAGACCAAUUUGAUAGAGUAUCCUGCCGACCUGUUCUAGAAGGGAUAGCUAUGAGACCUGACAAAGAGUACGAGGCCUUUGAGUCAAGAACGGGUGCUUUCGUUGCUAUCAUGGAGGCGCUUAAAGAUGCUAAUUUGAGCAUAAUUGGUGUUUACGGGAUGGGAGGUGUGGGUAAAACCACCCUAGUCAAACAAGUCGCUAGACAAGCCAAAGAUGAAAAUUUGUUUGAUGAGGUGGUCAUGGCAGCCGUAACCCAGAGUUUUGACAUCAAGAAAAUUCAAGAUCUGAUUGCAGAUGAAUUGGAUCUGAAGUUUGAAAAGCAGAGUGACCCCGGGAGAGCAGGCGAACUACGUAACAGACUAAAGAAAAACAAGAAGGUUCUUGUUAUUUUGGAUGAUAUUUGGGUGAAAUUGGAUAUGGAGGCUCUAGGAAUUCCUUACGGAGGUGAACACCAAGGAUGUAAGAUCUUACUGACGUCUAGAGAGCACGAUGCUUUAUCUUUGAUGGGUUCGCUGAAUAACAUUUCAAUUCAAAAAUUGAAAGAAAAAGAACCAUGGAACCUGUUUGAGAAGAAGGCUGGUAAUAUUGUCCGAAGACCUGACUUGCAUCCUACGGCAAUUGAAGUGGCCAAAGAAUGUGCUGGAUUGCCGAUUGCCAUUGUAACAGUUGCGGAAGCUAUGAAAAAUAAGGAGAAUUUGUCUGAUUGGAAGUAUGUUUUGAAUGAACUAAGAAAUCCCUCUGAAAGAAACUUCAAGGGGAUACCAGCAGGUGCAUAUUCAGCUAUAGAGUUGAGUUACAAAUUUUUAGAAGAUGUGGAACAUCAACCAACUUUCCUACUCUGUAGCAUAAUGGGUCAUGAUGCCGCCAUCGAGGACUUGUUGAAAUUUGGCAUUGGUUUGGGUUUAUUUCAUGGAGUUAACACAAUUGAAGAAACACGAUAUAAAGUAUUUGCAUUGGUUAGCAACCUUAAAAGAUCUUCUUUGUUACUUGAUGGUUGUACCUUUGAGCGCUUUGAUAUGCAUGAUGUUGUUCGUGAUGUUGCCAUGUCGAUCGCAUCAAGGGACCACCAUUGGCUUGCCAGGGAUGGUGAAUUCAAAGAGUUGUCAAAUGAGGAAACAAUGAGAAAUUGUGAACUGAUCUGCUUGGAGUAUGCUAAGGUUUGUGAGCUUCCUGAUCAUGAUCAGUUGGAAUGUCCAAAUCUUACCUUUGUCUCUUUGGGUAGUGAGGAUUCUUCUUUGAAAAUUUCAGACAACUUCUUUAGGGGAAUGCAAAAACUCAGAGUCUUAGAUUUUGCCAAAAUGUAUCUUCUUCCAUCCUUGCCUUCCUCAUUUUGUUUCCUAAAAAAUCUUCGUACUUUAUGUUUUUCUGAAUGCAAGUUAGAAGAUAUAGUCAUUAUUGGAGAGUUAAAGAAUUUAGAAAUCCUUAGCCUCAGUAAAUCUAAAAUUGCAGUGCUACCACCCCAAAUAGGACAAUUGAUCAAGCUAAAAUUGCUAGAUUUGAGUCAUUGUUCCACUCUUAAAGUAAUAUCACCAAAUGUCUUGUCUCGUUUCUCCAGAUUAGAAGAAUUAUACCUCUAUAGCUUUGAUAGAUGGGAGGUUGAGGGACAUGAGAAGCCAAGAACCAAUGCUAGCCUUGUUGAGCUGCAACAUUUGUCUCAUUUGACAACUUUGGAAGUACGUAUUCCUAAUGUGCAAUCUGUGCCAAAAGAAUUGUUUUCUAUAAAGCUGGAAAGAUACAAAAUUAUGAUUGGAACGGAGUGGUGGUAUCAUAUGUCAAAAACCUCGAGAGGGUUGAAUCUCAAGUUGAAUAAAAGUAUUCAUUUGGACGAUAGUGGGGUUAAAACGUUGUUGAGAAAAACCGAAGCUCUAGGUCUGGAUGCAGUGAAAGAUGUCAUGGACAUGCUUUACGAUUCAAAUACCGAAGGUUUCCCACAUUUAAAACAUCUUCUUGUCCGCAAUGAUUCAGAGGUUAAAUAUCUCAUUAACUCCAUGGAGUUGGCUUCUUGUAAAGCAUUUCCUCUUUUGGAGACAUUGUUUCUUCGUGAACUGAACAAUUUGGAGGCCAUAUUUUAUGGUCAACUCCAAGCUGAAUGUUUUGGUCAACUAAGAAUCAUAGAAGUUGAACAUUGUAACAUGUUGAAGAAUUUGUUCUCAUUCGCCUUAGCCAGAAAGCUCGGCCACCUUCAAGAAAUUAGUGUAUCUGAUUGCGAGAAUUUCACAGAGUUAAUUGUAGAAAAGAGGGAGGAAGAGAUUGGUGAUGAUGACAUUUUAGAAUUCAGCCAAUUACGCUCUUUAAGGUUAGAAGAUCUACCAAGUUUCAUUGGCUUGUUUAACUCAGAAAAAAGGCUUUCCUCGUCUCAACAAGGAAGAGUUCAAUCAAUUGAUGGAAGUUCAACUGCCACAUCGCUUUUUGACCGAAAGGUCAUGUUCCCAUGCUUAAAGGAGUUGUGGUUAUCUUAUAUCACAGUUGAAAAAUUAUGGCAUGAUCAGUUUCCGGUAACGUCUUUUAGUGUUGAAAAGUUAACUGUGUUGACUGUUGAGGGCUGUCAUAAUUUAAAGAAUCUAUUUACUUCUUCUAUGGUUGAAAGCUUCGUGCAACUGAAAUCACUUCAUGUUAGCAAUUGUUAUGCAAUUGAAGAGGUAAUAACAGUGCCGGCAGGAUUACUAGAAGAAGAAAGGAUGAGGAAAAUGUUUGUGUUCCCAGGCUUAGAGCAGUUGCGUAUACGCUUCAUGAUAGUUGAAAAGCUAUGGCAUGAGCAACUUUCAGUAACUUCUUUUGGUGUUCAAAAUUUAACAAAGUUGGAAGUGUGCGAGUGCCAUAAUUUGAAGAAUAUAUUUACUUCCUCUAUGGUUGAAAGCUUUGUGCAACUGAAAACACUUUCUGUUGAAGAGUGUAAUGAAAUUGAAGAGAUAAUAAUAGUGACGGAAGGAUUAGUAGAAGAAGAAAGGACGAGGAAAAUGGUGUUUCCUAAAUUAGACUACUUGGAGCUCAGGGAUCUUCCUAAGCUCAAAAGAUUUGGCUUUGGAAAUCCGAUUGAAUUCCCUUCUCUAACAUAUCUGCAUAUAGAACAAUGUCCUGUUCUGAACAUAGUCCAUUCUGAUUCUAUAAGUGUGGGAACAACUGUUGAAAAUGAAGCAGGAGAGAGUAGCAUCUUAAUGGAGAACCUCCACUCGGAUGUCUUAAAAUACCUAUUCAGUGAAAAGUUGGCAUUCCCAAAUCUACAGCAACUUCACCUCGGAUGGGAUGAUGGGAUGAAAGAGAGAUUGCAUGGUCUACGACUUGCAUCGGACUACUUUUGCAAACUAAAAGUUCUCGGACUUGUACGGUUUCCUCAACAAUUAGCUAUAUUCCCAUCUUACCUGUUCCAAUUACUAUCCUUACCCAAUCUCGAAAGCCUUCAAAUAGAAGGUUGUUACUUUGAAGAGUUGGUAUUCCAAAGUGAAGGAGUUGGUGGUGAGGAAAAGCCUGCAUCUGCAUCGAUGGUACUCUCUCGGUUAACUGAAUUACGGCUUUCUUAUCUUGAUGAAUUGAUGCAUCUAUGGAAGGAAAAGGAAGGAUUCCAAAAUCUAAGGAUUUUACAUGUGGAACGGUGUCCCAAAUUAAAAAGUAAUUUAGUUCCAUCCUCAGUAUGUUUCCGGAAUCUGAUGACUCUUAGAGUAUCUGGAUGUGAUGGGAUCAUAAAAUUAGUUACACAUUCAACAGCCAAAAGCCUAGUGCAGCUCAGAGAAAUGAGGAUAGGUUAUUGUGGAAAGAUAGAAGAAAUAAUAGAAGGUAGCGAUGGGGAUCGUGAUGAAGUGAAGGUUGAAAUCAUUUUCCCCAAACUCAACCUUUUGGAACUUUGUCGGCUGUCAAAUCUAGAAAGCUUCUGCUCAUCAGGGAAUCAUACCUUUGGAUUCCCAUCCUUAGCAACAGUAAUUGUAUACAAUUGCCCAAAGAUGAAGAUGUUCUCCAAGGGAGGGUUAAACGCUCCAAUGUUGCACGAAGUACGACCAACUGAGUGGGUGGUAGGGGAUUGGAUUUGGGAAGGAAGCCUUAAUAGCACCAUACAAAAACUGUUCACGGAAAGGAAUCCCAUGGAGGAAAUGCAGUAUUCUAUAGAAGAUCAAGGCAAUCCUUCAAUUUCUAACACACAAUCAACAUAGUCGAGAAUUCUGAAGAAGAUCAGCUCAAUCCUUCAACUGCCAAGAAACAGAGUAAGCCAAAAAGUCUUUCCAUGCAUCUUGAGACAGUAUAGCUUAUGUAGUACUCAUCUAAUGCAAAUGAUUUUUCUUUCCUUGAAUAAGUUAAGUUCUUCAUUUGAAGGUGUUUUCUUCAUCUCAAGUGCAGAAGUGCAAGGGUUCUAAUUCCUAUUUCCUUCACGGCCAGCAUUUAUGUGCCAUGGCAGAGUGAAGUAAACAAUGUAUGUAUUUUGAGACAUCAUUAUUGAUACUUCAUCGUUUGAAAUCAAAUGGUUAUAAGAUUUCUUUAUUAUAAUACAAGGGUUCUUUAAAAUGAAAUAAUGGUACUCUUUUUUUUCGUUUCUUUUUUUUGUCAAUUAUCAUAUUGCUAAAGGGCAGUGCUGCCAAGCUAUUCUGUCUCUAAAGACAAGUUUAAUCAUGCUGCAUUUGAUCAACCUGUAAAUGGUUGCAGCUUCUUUCUUUUAGUCUUUUAUGUUUCUAUGGUGACUAAUUAUAGCUUGCCAUUUAUUUGAACAACCUUGGAAGAAAUAACAUAUGUACUACUUUUCUAUUUUUAAUGAUCUGGGUGUUGAGAAGUUAUGGAUGACAACAGUUCUGAAGUCAGAGGAUAAGGAGAAAUAUUAUGAAGUUCAGGAUCACAUACUUAUUUUGAAAUUUCAAGGAUUUGCGACUCCCCCUUUUUGGGAAGGUACAAACUAUUUCACGUUGAAACUUGAAAGAAAGCUCAAUUCAUAUUUAUUCUGGAGGCUCAAAUUGAUGGUUUUUGUUUGGGCCGGCUGAUGGUUUGUGUUUGUUUACAGGUGAUUUUCUGCUGCUGCAUUGAACCAAUGGCAAAUUCUUGAGUCCGUUGGGUGCCCCAAGGUGUGCUGUGCCUACAACAUUUUGUGAAUGGGCAAUUUAUCCAUCCUGAUAUAACCUGUUCCAUUCUACUCGACCCUUGUGCUGAGUUCCAUGCUACCUUAGUGGCACUGUUCAGAGGCAUGAUUUGAUGGCUCAUGGUGAACAUGGUUAGUCGUUUUCUUUGGCCUUGGGCAAUUUUUGUGCUUAUAUAUUAAUUAUCAAUUGAUUUUUCCACCCAGAUCUGUGAUUGACAAUUUUUAUCAUCAAUGUGAAUUGUAAAUAGAGCAUUCAAUGUCAAGGAGGCAGAUGGUACAGGAAAAUUGGGCAGAACGAAUACCCCUCCUAGUUUUCUCAUACGAUGAGGGCUAAUGCCAAUUAAUCCUACUGAUUGAAUGGAAGAAUGGGAAAGAAUCCAAUCGCCAUUGAAGGUUUACAAAGUAUUUGCCUCAUGUCAAGUGAAGAAGCUGGUCCUUUUCAAACUUUAGCAAAGGCUUACUAGUUUUAUUUCAUUAAUUGAAAACAUAUACAAGUCAAAACACUUGCAGAAAGCCCAAUGACUGACAACUCAUUGGGAUGGAGCAGUUAUUUCUGAUUUUCAUUUAGGACAUUUUCUAUCAGCAUUGACAUAAACAGAACAACCUAUAGCAAGUAUCUUGGUCCUCUGAAUACACUAUAAGCCAAGAGUUUCCAGGUAUAAGAAACAGAGGAUCGUUGUUCAAGUACAAUGGUUUUUAUCUACAAUAGGUAUCAAUUUUAAAGUUGGAUUUUUUAGUUCUUUGCGUGAAAGAGUCUUGGCUUCAAAUCUUAUAAGAAGUGCCUUAUAUUCGUUUAAACACUGGUAAGUAGCUAUGAGAAUUUAAGUUAAUUUCUUCUAUUUGCAAUGAAAUGGGGAAAAGUAAAACCAUUGUUGAUUAACUUAAA